CCGAAUUUGUAUCUAAGAAAUAUUCCAACCGAUACUAAAUCAACGAUGUUUAAGAAUGUUUAAGAUGGAAAUACAGGAUGGUGGUCGCUGGUAACGUUCAGCGGUGCGCGCGGUUUUAAACGAGCAAAACACUAAUACAGAAAAGACGAAUAAAACGACAGAUAAUAUUCCUAAAGUCGUCGGGAAUAAAAUACACAGAUCUUAAAAUAUAUUUUUCCAUUAGCCUUUUAUCCCUCUAUACUUUGCCGAUCGAGUUUUUCGAUCUCCGCUAAACUGCCGAUGUCGCUCAUCGGAGGCUCCUAAAGCCAAGAGAUCAGCUUCCCGGUGAACAGAAACAGCCUUUCCUAUGGAACGACCAUUGGGUCACAACGAACAAUAGGUGGAAAAAAAUUGAUCGAUCGAGAAAGCAGGAACGCGAAUACGUUGGAAUAGCAGUGAGCGUGCAAUUGCACGGCGAUUCUGAAUAUCGACACGAAUCUCCGCUUUCGAGGCAGCGGUAUUAGCCGCGUGAAUGGUGUUACCGGUUAAACGGGAGAAUCGUGGGAACGAGAGGCGAAUGAAACAGACCUAGAAAGAGGAGGAGGAGGAGCAGCAGCAGCAGCGGGAGAAGGAGCAGCAGGACGAAGAAAGGGAAAAAGGAAAGAGGAAAAAGACGAAGAGGACGUGCAGCAAGGUGAAAGAAAUACGGUCGGUAGGGAGAAGGUCUUCUCCGCCGUAAGCAACGAGGAUAUCGCGAUCGUGAAUAGCAAGGACACGAACAGCGUUCGCGAGUAGCUUCCCAGUGAAAGAAGGGAUAUCCGAGUCCCCACUAUUAAAUGGCUCGACUCUGACGCGGUAAGGAGAAGCUACAUCGGGGGCGGUAGAAUACCACCAGCCUCAGUGCAAUUUCGACACUCGUCUCGCAGUCACUUGUCACAAAAGGGCGAUCGUUUUACGAUCUUGUCCGACUCUUGCUCCGAUUUUACGAUCUUCGAAACGUGAGAGAAAGGUAUGCACCACCAAAGGAUGGUGAUAGAGGGCGAAGGCGUUUGAUGGACGCGCGAAGAACCGCGGCACGCCGUUCGAGUUGCCGAAGAAACAGAUAAAAGAUGCGCCGGAUCGUUUAAAGAGAAAUUGUAGGAUUUCGUUGUGGAAGAGAAGCGCGUUUUCUUUCGCGAAGAAUCUACGUUUCCGGAUGAAAUUGUCGGAGAGACCGGAUCGAAGGACGAACGAAGAUAGAACUGUUUAGAGAGAAACUCCGAGGCUACGCUUUUGGCGAGCAACUGGAACGCGUGGAAGAAGUUGGAAGGAAGAGUUUGUUUAGAGAGAAAUUGAAUCGUAUCUCGCGAACGACUACGGCUAUUUGGCGAGGUACCCAAGAAUAUCGUAAAUGAAGGAACAGUCUAGAUAAGAACAGAGAGAUUUUUCUCCAGAGGGUUAAAUUUCCGCGACACUCCGUGCUGGAACACGGCUGUGCCAAAAGAAAGACAAAACGUUGGAAAAUGUGGUCGGAGAACAUCGGAGAGCGAUUCUCGUCAAGGACAAAAGGGUAAAGUUGCACAACAGGAUAUUACGAAAGAAUUUUUGCAUGAAAUUUGAAGGGAAUAGGAUAGAGGCGUAUUACGGUGGGAAAAGAAGGAAUUAGAAGAUGUAAACAUUGGUACGAUCGUGAUCGUUUGACAAAUUGGACAGCACCGCGGAGAUCGGUAGCCUAACGCAAUUGCCUUAAGCACAGGUUCUGGCGUACCGAUAAAAGAUAAUUAGCCUGGCGAUAAAAAAUUGAAAGGAGUAAGUUGACUUGCAAAAACAUCGAUAGGAAGAGAAAGUAACUAAAGAACGGCAUCUCUAACAAGCUGAUUGCUAUGAAUCUCGACAGAUUUCAAUUACAAAUAAAAGAACCGUUUUGUGUAAGAAACUAUUACGAUCGAGCGUCGUUAUUUUUAUUUUGACCAUCGACCAAGCUGGCAGAAGCGCCGUAUAAAGCGAUAAAAAUAGAAAGGAAUUGUAAACGAAGACUCGUAAAAGUCGGGAUUCCAUUAGCGCGAAAGGAACAAAGGAUUUGACAGCGAAAUAGAAACGAACUGCUUGAGUUUGCAUUUUCGUGGAAAAGAUCGAGAAGCAGCGGACGGUGAAGGAAGUGACCUGGUCAGAGGAUUCUUCUUCAACGACGAACUUCCACAAAUUGAACGUUUCCUGUGAUUUUACUGGAGCACGAACGACCGUGUCCACGAACAUGCAAGACCUCUUUGAUGGCACGCAAUGACACAAAACGCGUAUUUAUUUCUUCGUCGAUUAGCGUGUCUACCUAGAAACGCGUCGUGCCGGAAGCCCAUUGCAGAAUCAUCAACGUCUCUUCGAUUCGAACAUAUCUCGGUCACAGAAUCAAUCUGUCAUACAUAAUUGAACGAAACAAGGAGCAUAUUGCCGCUUUUUCGAUAUUCCUUCGAUUUCUUUCCUUUGACACGAUUCCGAGAUCAUUUACCGACGAUGAUAACAGGAAAGACGAUCUCUUCGGUUCGAAUAGAACGUGACGAAGGAUCGAGGAUUUAGCAGACACGUGACACGUACGCUGGAAAAUGAUCAAAGAGGAAGGACACUGUAUUUCUGCGAUGUUUCUCUGCUUUCAUGCAUCUGCAGCAUUCUAAGGUCGUGAUACUUUUCCAGGGAAAUUAUUAGAAAAUCUGAUCUUUUCAGAUCGAACAGACGCGUUCGAAUGAUCGACGAUCUGUCGCGAACUAUCCAACGACUCGUUACGAAGAGAAAAAGAAUGUCACGGUUCUAAGAUCGCAUCUUCGGGGAAAUAAUCGAUAAAUAUAACCCCUCGAUCGGAAACAGAACACGAUCGAAGGAUCAGCGAUCCAUCAUACGCGAUCGACCGAGAGGCGAAAGGAAAGAGAAGAAACACGCUACUACCUUCGUAACCGUUUCCUUGAUUUCUUGCAUCCAACACGACUUCAAGAUCGCUCCGCGACAAAAAUAAUUAAAAAACAUAAUUCCACGCAACUUUCCUAUGCGUUAGCCCUGGAGCAGCAACGAUCGGAUCGAUAAGAGCAGAUCGUAUAGUCGUGGAUGGCGAGAGACUCGAAAGGACAACCGCCGGAAGCGAAGAGGAAAAACGACGAAUGGUCGGAGAAGAGUAAAAACGACACCGGCGGAGUCGUUCGAAUCAGAGAAAGCAGCAAGAAACGAUUCGAAGCGCAAAAAGGGAUGAAACGUUUCGGGGCUUAUGAGGCGUGAAACCAAGAUCGCGAAUCUCUUCAGCGAGUGGUUGGUUUACGGACGAGUGGACGAGUACAUAGGGAGGAGACUCGUACGUUACGAGGCGAGGAUGAUCGUCGAGCAAGUCGACAAGUUGGGAACGAAGCGAGUGUUAUAGUUGGACAGGCGAAGAAGAAACAGCAACUGCGAGUUGAAGCUUCAAUUAUCAUUAUUCUCUUUGUCUCGAAGAGCGUAUUUGAAUGGCAACGAUGAGAAAUUUAUAGAACAUUCCAAAGAAUUGAAGAUUUCGUUCUUUGGAAAGGAGAGACUGUUCUUCCUGGAAAGAAGAAAACAGGAGAAGAGAUAAUUAGCUGCGGGGAAACCAUACGAGUCUGACACGGUAUUCGCAUCUCCAAGAAGAAACUCUGACAGGAACGGAAGUGCCGCGAUCGACGCCAGUCAGAAAGUUGUCGUUCGCGUAAAUCGAAUCGAUACCGUGUCGAGACUGCCGAUUCCAUCGGGAUAAAACGAAACGAAGCGAACCAGCGUGUUCCUCUGGAGCGAAUAGAGGAGGAAUCGAGAGGGUACGCGAGGAAUAGUCACGACUCCAAAGUAGUGCAAAAAUGCGGAUGAAGCUGUUAAAGAUCGUGGUGGUCCUGUUGCUGUCAGGAUCGGGCAACGCCAGGCCGCAGAAAACCGAAGGAUCGAUUCAAGUUCAGCCAUCGAGGCCAAAUCCUGAGCAAUGGAGAGGCUCCGGCGUGCCCCACAUCGUUCGAGAAGAUAGCAGUAUCCAUUCGAACGACACGCAACGUCACCUGAAAGACAUGCACCACAUCGACCAGUCCUUAAGAACGGUGGCCACUCAAUUACUAAACGUGACCAAUCCCGAAGAACCGCCAAAGAUCCUCGACAACGUGAUCAAGAGGCCCAUUGCGAGUCAAAAACCAAUCGAAAGAAACGAAGCCACUCCGAUCAAAGAGAUAUACGUGAACAAUGGUCCACCUGCUAAUAUUGGAUUUGGCAGACCGAUCAAUUCCAAGUUCAACUACUUCGAGACGAGUCAUCCAGGUCAAGCAAUGGCCAUCACCGAAGAAGAACUCGAAAAAGAAUUAAGUUCAACGCGUCUGAUGACUGCUUAUAAGAAUCAUGCAACGACAACUGGUGGAAUUUCCACAUGGAUCCUUCUAAACCCACCGUCGACAACGACGAAGACGACAGAGAUAGAAAAGAAGACGAAACAGCCGUUUCAAAUGGAAGUGAAAAUGACUGUGAAACCAACGACUUUGAUGGAGAGAGUGGAAACCACUGAAAGAGUGACAGAGAAAGUUACCAUGCCCGUAUCCACGACAUUAGUCAUGGAUCAGUCUUCUACUACAAAGAAAUCUGUCUCAGCCGACACGAAGAAGAGCACCGAAUCGAAACCAGAGAAAAUUCAAACCACAGAGAAGGUAGAGUCCAUGCAGAGUACCACUUUGAAGGUUCCACAGACUACUGCGAAUAAUUUGGAGAAUAAGGAGGCUGUUGUUAGUACCACGAAGAAGAUACAGAUUUUAAGAACGACACCUAAGCCUAAGAUAGCUACCACGAAGACUACCGUAUUAUCUAAACCUUCUGGUUCGAAGCCUUCUAGACCUGGUCAACAGAAUAGGCCUAAGCCUCCUAUGAGAAGAACUACUACCGUUAAGCCGGAUUCUGCGAAAAACGAGACUGUUUCUACUGGCAAGAUAGAGAAGGUUACUUUCAGACCGGUUCAAAUGAUCACCAUUCCAAAGAACAAGGUAGAAAGCACCGAGAAGCCUAUGUUCGUGACCAAGAUCAAAGCGUCUAUCGCGAUGGACACUCAGAAGACUAGCACGCAGUCUUCGGCUUCUUCCAUGGCCACCAGUUUAGAAGUAACUACUACUUCUAGACCGACUACGAUCGAGAAUAAUCUAGUGGAGGUGUCUGUGAAGCCGAAACCAGUUGGUACAAAGGUGAACAACGUAUUGAAAGUCCAAUUGAAGAAGCCUCUAGACGAGACGACAAAGAUCGAAGUAGAACCCAUUAAGGUGAAUGCUCCCGUGUUGAAGAUCGAGAAAGUGGAGAAGAACGAGGUUAAGAAAGAAGAAGAGAAGGAAACAGAGAAUCUGGACAAUACCAGGAUAGAUUUAAUGAAAUUUGAUUUUAAUCCUGAACUGACCAAGAUCAACGUAAACACAGAAGUUUCUUCGACUUCAACGAGCACCACACAAUCGACGACGUCCACUUCGACAACUAAAAGACCUAGGAACAAUCCUAAGAGGAAGAAGAAUAAAGUCAGAAGGCGAAAGCCAACUACAUCCACCACUACAACCACUGUUUCUUCGGUGAUAUCUAGUACGACAGAGAAAGAUUUAAUAGAGGAACCAAUCGCUGAAAAUGGUAUACAGGAGUCGAAGAUAGUACCUGAGACCAAGGUGGCUGGUAAUUGGACGAAGACAAAGAAGAAGCCAGCUUCGACUCCCAUUAGUAUGCAGAUUUACAACUUCCUGAGUCGAGAGGUGAUGCCUAGUUUUGGAGUGAUGUCUUUGGUGGGAUUGGGACUUGGCCUGGCUUCUUACUUCUUGUAUCCGCUCGGAGGAACCGUCACUAGAAGAAACUACGACGUUGAGCCUAAAUAUAAGUAUAAUUUCGACGAAUACGGUGGAAACUAUGGUCAAAGGGAAGAGGAGGUCUUGUCUAAAGUUCUUCAGGGUAUGACAAUUGACGAGAACAAGUAUCCUGGCUCGAAGGACUAUGACAACAAUUACUAUAGGUACCAACAUUAUGACGGAGGUUAUGACGCUCAGCCAAUCAAGAAAAGCGAUCAAAGGUACCCUCCUUCAUCUGCAAUAUAUCGUCCAGAGAACACAGCGUCUAUACAUAAAUAUAAGAAUACUGAUUAUCGUUAUUCGGAUAGUACAAGCACUCCAAAUUACUAUGACAGGUCUAAACAUCGCGAGUACGUGGUUGGAUCUGCCGCUCCUGGCACAGCCAACCGACAAUUCGUUGUCGGAAGCAUUCCCAAAGAGUACCCACCUUACGAAGAGAAGAUUCCUUCUUUAUCGACCCCAGGAAAGCUGGCUAACAGUUACGAACCUACAGAAAGUGGGCAGAUACAGUUCGACCACGAUGUAAACCAGAACUUCAAUUUUCCUGUGGGGUCUGCUCAAAACUAUGGUCCAGUACAGACAACUAGACCAGAUGACACUUACGAGGAAGUUGAGAUCACACCUACCGCGGUUGCUGUGGAGCAUGGACCUAGGUCUCUGAAGCUUAAACGGUCUCUCCUAGACUUGACAAAGAUAUCUACAACGGAGACACGUCGUUCUAGAAAGAGAAGGGACUCCGUAAUUCAAGUUAUACCAUCGAAACGACAAUUGGAAGAGGAAGGGAAGGAGCAAGAUUUGAGCAACGAAAUCCUUAAUAUCAUUGACUCAGCUAUACCCGAAGAAGACUAUACUCAGAAGAAGAAGAACAAGAACAAGGAAAUGGAAGAUUUUGCGAAUAAAAGAAGAAAAGAGAAAGAGGACGAAAGGAAUCGACUGAAAGAAUCCACUACCAACGGUCAGAUUUUAAAAACGAGCACAGCUGCCUCUGUGGACACUUCUACGGUUUCCACAGCGGCGAAGGAGACUACCGAGUCUCCUACUUUUUCUCCGAGUUCCACGGAAAGUGAUUCUGAAAGUAACACGACGAAUAAUCCGAAAUCGACCGAAAGCACCAGCGAGUGGAUCGAUCUGACCACGGCGAAGCCAACCGAGCAGAACGGUUUCAAUCUCUUCAGUUUCGUGAAGAAGAUCGCCGAGAUCAAGUUCAGGCUCGGUCUGACGCUCCUUAAACACGCCAGCGAGGGUUUUGCCAGAUAUCUUGGCCACGUGCAGAAGAGGAUCAACGGAGAGGAGUGAAUAGGCUCCUUCCAGGAAGCUGAAUACAAUGGACUCGAGUGACGACCGCGAUUUAUACUGUCACUAGGUCAGCACGUACCUUAUUCUUCGAGCACGUCAGGACAUCGUCUUGAAAACGGAAAUCCCUCGUAUCUUAACAUCUGUUCGAGAAUUUCUAGAGGGUGGAGACGAUUUUCGGACGUUUUAUGGUUGGAAAGGUCUUUCCACGAGGGUGACUUUCUGUAGAAUCUGAAAUACCUUCGUCGUUUGUUUUUUCUUUUUUCUUUCUUGUUGAAUAUUCAGCGUUUUUUUUUUUUUUUUUUAGGGAAGAAAUGUUUGUUUCUGGAGGAAGAAGGUAAUUUUUUGAGAGCAAGGUAUUGUUAAAUUUUUACAACAUUGAGAUAGCAGGAUUGUAAGAUCGGGGAAGAAUUAGCAUUUGACUGGAAUUAUGUAUAUUUUGUAUUUUUGCGUAAGAGAUUAAUAUCUCUUGUUUUAAUAAUUUGCGAAGAUUCCUU